AUGAGAUUUUCUGAUUUAAUUUUGAAACCUCCCAAACAUCAUCACCCACCCGAUGAAAGUAUUCUAGGAAGCGCUCGACUUGAUCGGCUUUUUCCAUCUGUAACUAAAAUAGAUUCUACACAACCUUAUUCAGUUGAAGAAUCAUUUCAAGAAUCAGAAUCAUCACGAAAUGUUAUAGAAGUACAUCGAUUUGUAGCACCUAAACCAUUUGUACCUAUUACUUCUGGUCAAAUAAGGCCUAGAUUAAUAGAUCAAAGGCGUAGGUCUUCAUAUCUUUCAGAAAUGUAUGAUAAUAAUCGUCAAAUUUAUGUUCAAAAAGCUGCUCAAAGGAAAAUAUCCAUGUUACCUAAAGUUAUAUUAGCUACUGGUGAUCACGAUCAAACUAUAAGAUUAUGGGAAGUUCCUGAAGGUGUUUCUUGGCGAACUAUGGAUCAUUUUGAUUCGCAAGUGAAUAGAGUAACUUUAUCACCUGACAGAAAAUUUCUCGCCGCAGCAGGUAAUCCCAAUGUUCGAUUAUAUGAUAUGACCACCCAUAAUCCGAGUCCAAUUAUCACAUUAAAAGGACAUAAACAUAAUGUAACAGCUGUCGGCUUUAUUGAUGAUAAUAUAAUUUACACGGGAGGUGAAGAUGGAACUUUAAAACUUUGGGAUGUCAGAGAAAGAUCGGUAAAAAAGACAUUCAACAAUUUUGUUCCAGAUGAUAUAUGUGCUUGGUAUAACGCAAGAAAGUCCAUGGUAAAUGACGUAGCAAAAUAUCCAUCAAAAAACAAAUUAGUAUCGAUAGAUGCAGAAGGUUACAUAAAAUUUUGGGAUAUAAGGAGUGAAUCUAAUACGAGUUUAUUUCAUCAGGUGGUUGGAGAUGAUAUUCCUGCCUCCCCUUUACAUUCUUUAAGUAUUGCUCAGAAUGAUUCUAUAAUGGGAUAUUGCUAUGCUUGGGAUUUGAUUUCUGUAAAUGCAACAAAUACCCUACCGAAUCCUAUAAAACACCAAGCACAUGGUUCUAAAUGGGGCAAUAAAUCAUAUAUUACUAAAUGUUUAUUGAAUCCGGAUGCUAGAUAUCUGGCAACAUGUGGUGCGGACCAGACGGCAAAAAUUUGGAGAAUUUUAUAUAAAGAUGAAACAAAUAGACUAAGAAAUAAUACGGAAAAAAAAAGUAUGAUUCAAGGAUUUGAGGAAAGUCUGAAAUUUGAACAUCCGACUCCUUUCUGGGUAAAGGAUUGUGUUUGGUCUAAUGACUCUCGAAUCUUUAUAACUGGUAAACUUUGGAGAACUGCUACUGGUGAACUAGUGCAACAAUUCAAAUGUCAUAAAUACGGAAUUAUCUGUGUUUUUCUUCACGAAUUUGAUUAG